CACACAUUUGGUCAUGUCGAAGUUUUGGAGUUUGUUUAUGCUCACUCUUGUUGUUCUCUCAUUUCACUUAUUCUUCCUUGAAGUUGCUAGGUGUCAAUCCGAUUCUGAUCAUGCUGACCUGGUUGUCGAGCCUCUUGCCCAAAGUGUCGAGGAAGGAGGAGAUAUCAAGGUUGCAGGGAAUGAGUAUCAGAAUGUUGGAGGAAGUGUCCGUACAGUUCCUGGUCUGAAGACGGUGUGCGUCUUCCCAAACAACCCUUCAAAAUUGGUGGUAGCAGGGGAAGAGACUGAACUAUUAGUUGGAAUGAAAAAUGAAGGUGAACAAAGCGUGAAACUUCUUGCUAUUCAUGCCAGCAUUCAUCUUCCUAAUGAUCAUCGUCAGUUGGUGCAGGAUCUCUCAGCACAGCCUUUCAAAAAUGCAUCAAUUCCUGCUUCAGCUCAAGCUACUUUUCCUUACAAAUUUGCUGUCAGUAAAUUUCUACAGCCUGGGACCUUUGAUCUUUUUGGAACAAUAGUUUAUGAAGUACAGCAGCGACCGUACCAAAAUAUAUUCUACAAUGGUACUAUUGAAGUCACUGAAGCCGGUGGCCUUGCUAACGUCGAGACUAUAUUCCUUAUUUCUCUUGGGAUUGCCUUACUGGCCCUUUUUGGAUUGUGGGUUCGUGGUCAUAUCCAAAGUCUUUCCAAGAAUACUAAGAGAUCACAAAAGGUCAAAACUGGGUCUAGGGUCGUUAAUGCAUCUAUGGAUGAGUGGCUACAGGGAACUGCUUAUACUCGUCCACAGUCCAACAAACCUAAGAAGAAAAAAUAGAGUAUCAAGAACCGAGCAGCAGAUUAUUGCAACUCUAUCUUCAAGUUAAAACAAGCGCUUUCAGCGGAAAUACCUCAAAAUUACUAGCUGUUUUAUUUCUUCUGUUUUGUUUUAGAUGUUAUGACUUAUGAGCCAAUGUGUAACCUAAAUUAUCUUCUGUGCAAUCCAACCGUUUGGUUUAUUUUCUGGA